AUGUAUUAUCGCAAAAAUAAAGGCAAAGUCGAGACCACGGAUGCUUGUCAUGAUUCCUGGACGCAACUGCGACUAUCGCCAAUGUUCGGCUGCAUAUGUCCGAAUAAUCAUAUCAAGCGACGAUGCGACAAGAUCUUCUCGACGGUGAACCACAAUCCCUGCGUUGAGGUCCUGCCCUCCUCCACCUCCGUAGACCUGUCGGGCACGGAUUCAGCCCUGUACCCGUUCGACCCGCAGCAGGAGAACUACCAGGAGAUCUGGUUGCCGCCGACCAGUAUGUACCCCUAUUUUCUGUUCCCCGGGACCGCGCGCACCCCGCCGUACUACGAUCCCGACAGCACGUACGACAUACGGGAGCCCGGCGAUCGCUAUCAACACCACCACCGUCACGGCGAUCGGCAUCAUCACCAGGAGGCGCCGGAGCUGCCUGGCAGGCCAGCUGUCCUCGUCGAGGCGUACGACCCUCGGACCGAUUCGGACCGGUACGAGACCGAUAUGAAUCGGUUCGAGGAUCGCGCGGCGACCUCGCGUCCAGGCCAUGAUCGCGCCUCCGGCACAGUGCACCUGCAGCCCCAAAGCGAGCAUGACGCGCACCCGCACCAGCAUCGGCACCAUCACCAACAGCACCAGCACCAUCGUCAGCACCUCGCACUACCCGCACCGCCGUCCGUCGUCGCGACGCUGUCGUCGUCGUCGGCGGGCUCGUACGCGCCGGCGGCUGCUCGUCCCACGCCUACCGUGUUGGACGAGCCGUUGGGGGCCCGCGGGCCCGGCCAUGCCGAAUCGCCCCGGCUGCCGGCCCCGAGGAAGUUUGCGCCUAGGCCCACCUACGAGCACCGCGCGAUCUUCGACCGCGCCGACGACGACCUCGAUGACCUCGAAAUCAGACCAGCCGCGCCGCCCGUCGAUCGGAUCUUCGAUUUCCGCGAAGAGUACGACGAUCAAGUGAAGGUCAUCGCCCAUCCGGACAAUUCCACCAGCUUCGAGGUGAUCGAAUCGCAAUUGGAAAAUCCGCUGAUCGAUGCCAAGCAUCGGGAUCUGCUCAAUAUGAAGCAGAUCCCCAUCCCGGGUGGCCAUCAUCAUCGCACUCAUCACAAGAGGAAUCAAACAGAUGAUUUCACUGAUUCGGGCGUGGAACCACCGUCCUCCACGUCAGACAUCGACAAGCUUCAACAGCCGGUGAAACUGAUCCUGUCCAGCACGUGCCAUCACGCUUACACGUCCUGCAAAAAUGAUCCGGAAUGCAAGAAUCUGCUGGAACCCGUUCUAAACCACUGCGACUCGACGACGUGUGCGAGGAACGAGUGCAUGGAAGCGCUGCAGCUCUUCUAUAAGACCGCCAAUCACAAGCAUUCCGUGGAAAUUGCCUUCUGCCUGUGCAGAAAAACGGACAACAAAAAGGACGAAUGCAUAGUGGCACAAGAGAAAAUGCAUCCAACUUGCGCGCAGCGCAUAGACGGCGCCGAAAUGCCAACGUGUCACAGUCUGGCUGAGACUUGCAAAGAGAACAGGAGCUGCAGACUUAGGCUGGAGUAUUAUGAACAGAGUUGCGCGGUCGACAGCGUGACGAAGAAAUGCGCCGGACCAACUUCCGAGUGUAGAAAAGCGAUGCUAGGCAUCCUGGGCACUGAACUUCAUACUAACUGCGCUUGUAAAAGCACCGAAAUCAACCAACUGUACAGCUGUAUGGGUUGGCAGCGGCUUCUCUGGGUGAAUCCUUGCGUAGUGGAGUCGCAGAAGGACUACCACGCGCGCAGGAAACACCAUCAUUCGCGUACGACGACGGCCAAGACAACGACAACAACGGCGGCCGUCGCGUCAACGACGAGGUCACCGGCGACCACGACGGCGACCACCGCGGUCGAACAAGUGGAAGAUAAUCAAAUACCGGAAGUGACGAGGUGGCCGACUACCGAACCCACGGAAACUUGGGAAAUCACAACCACCACUAUAAGCACCACUCCGAGCACCACCACAACCACCACGCCGACGCCGCGCUUCUGCGUGGUUCAAAGGCCGAGACACAGUCAGCAAUACAUAAGGGAAGGCAAGGGCAAAAGGCUUUAUCGCGAAGACGAGCCCGAAUGCUCAGAACUCUGUCACUGUGGUGAGGGCGAGCAACUUGUUUGCAACACCAUCUGCGUCGAUUCGUUACCCUGCAAGACGGAUUUCGCUUUCUACAACCAUGAAGCGCCAGCCUACCAGGCGCAUCGAGGUCCCUGCCUUUGCUAUAGCGGCGGCUUUAUAUGCAUGCGGCCUUCGCCCGACACAUAUAGUAUACCGCACGGGGUUUUCAUGUUCCUGGGGUACAGCGAGAAGGACGAGACCUUAUUGAAGCAGCACAACAAUGUGACCGUGCUGGACGCGGUGUCGUCUCUCGACAAUUUCAUGAGAAAGGAAGUCAAUAAUCAGACAGUAUGCACGCUCUUCUUGUACAACGCGACCCGAGAAAACGUGAUUGCAGUGGCACGGCUCGGGACCGACAAUCCACCCUUAAAUAGCAGCCAGGCUCAGAGUCUGCAGCACCUGCUGCGCGUCAAGGAUUGUGCUUGCAAAGUUCAUAAGGCCUUUAAGAGUCUCGCCAACAACAAGAAAAGCUGA